ACAGCCACCGACAACAUGCUCCGCCUCGUCUUCGCCGUCUUGCUGCUCUGCGCCGUCGCCCUCGCGGCUCCAGGCUAUGGAGGAUUUGGAGGAGGAUUUGGCCGCGGUGGAUUUGGUGGUUUCGGACACGGAGGUGGAUUCGGAGGUUUCGGUGGUGGAUUUGGACAUGGCUUCGGCGGUGGAUUCGGACGUGGUUUUGGCCAUGGUGGCUUUGGUGGCUUCAGAGGAGGCUUCUACGGAUAAGAUGGCUGGUUGGCGGGGGCCAUCAUUUUCAUCUGAUUGCCGCCAAUGCUGGAUGGAAUAAGCAAACGACUUCAUCAUAUGAUAUAAUUUAUAAAAUUUUCUUUCAUUCA